AUGUUCAGCCUCCUUCGUCGGUUCUCUGGCUCGGUCAUUCCACGACCUGAUCGUCCUUGGGACGAAGAUGCCACCUCCAAUGCCCCUCAGGUUGGAAAGAAGCGCCGAAUUGUGGAUGACGACCUUGACGAGGAGGAGCAAGCGCGCCAGAAAAAGGCUCGCGGCGAAACGACCAGCAAUGGGGUCGAUACUCCCGCCACAACUGACGGUACACCGGUUCCGGAGACGAAAGAUGUGAAAGAGGUCACUCAGGGUGUUGAAGAGGUCGAACUCGACGACAAACCCAAGCCUGAAAGUGUGCCCCUUCCUGAGGAGAAAGAUGGGGAACUUGACGCGGAUCAUUUAUCCACCGCCUCCACUCCCCCUCCCGCUACCGUCGACCAAGAAAACGCGUCGGCAGAGUCACCAGCUCCCGUUGUGGAUGACGAUGGCGACCUUGAUGCACCCACUUCUCAUGAACCACAAGACGCGUCUCCUGCAGUCGUUGACGAGCCACAGUCCAAGCCAAAGGCUACGAAACCUCGUUCAAGUGCCAAAUCCAAGGCAAAGACCAGGCCUGCUCCCAAAGAAGCCGAAGACCCCGUCGAAGCGGUUUCGGACGAGGUACCAACAAGUGAUGCGUGA